AUGGCAGCUGGGGCACAAACCAAUAUGUGUCGGCCAUUCUACCUCCUGUAGGCCUUGUCCUGAUGUCUGUACUGCUUCUGGUGGCUUUCUGCAUCUGGAGAAGAAGAUCGAACAAGACGCAACAAUGUAGAGACGACAAUCAGCACAGCUCAUAUGUGAUGGACGUGGCAUGCAACCCCCGACCUACAGGUGCAAUGACGGGAAAUCUCCAGCAGGCAAGCGUAUCUCCUGAUGGUUACACAAGUCUUCGUUUCCUUGAGGUAGAUGAAGGAUCACACGACACACGCUUUGGUGACACUGUUAACGUCAACUUAGCAUCUGAAGAUAUGACCCUUGACCAAGAGGGUCCAAAAGGUUUCAGCGUUUAUCCAAAUGACAACGCACAUGUUGGGAAAGCAGCAACAUGUGACACACACUGUGAUGACACAUCAAACAUUUUCUUAGCAACUGAAGAUAUGAACCUUGAUGAUGUGUUUGUUCAUUGUUUCCGAUUUUCUCCAGAUGACAAUGCACGUCUUGGGGAUGCAGCAACACUUGACACAAACUGUGACGACACAACAAAGCUCCACCUGCCAACUGAAAAUAUGACCCAUGACCAGGUGAUUCUACAUGGUUUCGGCGUUUGUUCAGAUGACAAGGCAAGUCUUGGUGACGUGGCAACACUCCAACAAGUCACUAAUGAUCUCACCCUUGACCCAGUAAUUCUACAAGAUGCAAGAACUUCCCCACAUGGCAACGCAGGUUCUAGUAAUGAAUUAGCAACACCCAACACACACUAUGCCGAGAUACCAAACGCCCUCUUAACAACUGAAGCUGGGACUCUUAGCUCAGUGUGUCUACAGAGACCAAGCGGAUAUAAAGACGAUAAGACACGUCUGGACACACGCCGUAGUGUUACAUCAUACAUCCACCCAGUCCCGGGAGAUAAUACCCUUGAUGCUGAGAAAGAGGCUGACGAAGAGGAUGCAGAGUACACUGUCAUCAAUGACAACUAUGUUGAGGACCUCUUACAGGAAAGCCCUUAUGAGACGAUAGAGUCUUUGGAUGACAACGAUGUUGAGAACAUCUCACAGAAAGACCCUUAUGCAAAGAUACAUUUGUAGUUGACUCGGACGAUGUAUUGGUCAACCAAUAAGUAGAAUGAAAGGAAAAUGCGAUGACUAUAGACUAUGUAAGAUGUUAAUGGAUCUCUGCUACAUGAGAGAUGUGGGACCACUAUUAAAGGAACAUUGUCAUCGCAGCUCUCCGAAUAAGUUAUAAGUUUACUGGUUAAAUAAUAUCACAUAACUAACGAUGUACUUGUCAACCAAUAAGAAGAAUGAAAGGAAAAUGUCAU